CAUGUGCAGGUGGGAAGCCUGUGGCAGGUUGGAGACUCUUGGGAAGUGAGGGAUUGGGGAUCAUUUGGGGGAUGGGGUGGAGAUCUUGGCAGAAUUGGAGGGAGCAAGCUGAGUCAGGAGAAACAGAGACAGGGGAGGGGGGUGAAGAAGGCAUGGUGGGGGGAGGGGAAGAAGCUGAGUUAUACAAGCUGCCCCUGGGAGAUGCCCCAGUGACCCAAGGGUGAUGCCUGAGUGAUCCCAUUAUAAACUGCCAGCUCCGUCUGGCCUAAUGCACUGAUUCUCUUUAGCUUGGGCUAAGAGGGGACGCAAACAGAAAUGAGCAAAAGCAGGAGGCCACCCCCACCACCAGGACGCAGUGGUGCUGCCAAAGCCAGACAGAUGGGUUUGCUGGUGGACUUCUCUGCUGAUGGGAUGAUGGACAACGAUGAUGGGGAGGAUGACAAUGAACUGGAAGCUGAGUUCAUGGCUAUUGUUGGGUGCCAGCCCAACUUGAAAGGGAAGCCAAAAGGGAAAACUCCUUUACCCAUGGAUGCAAUCGAGAGAAUGGCUGCUUUCUGCAUGAAAGACCUUGAUGAAGAGGAUGGAGAGGAAGAGGAUAAUCUGGAAGAUGAAGAUGAGCUAAUGGCAGAACUCAACGAAGUCCUUGGUGAAGAAGAGGAAACCCAAGUGGCCCUAGUCCCUGCUGCAAAGGCAAAUGAAACUCCUGCUGAAUCUAGCAGUUCUGAAUCUGCUCUUGUGGAAAGGCUGGAGAUGUACAAAACAGCCAUCACUAACGCCAAGCAGGUGGGCGACAGUUCCAAAGUGCGUCGAUAUGAGAGAGGCCUCAAGACCCUAGAGAACAUGGUGAACUCAGUGAGGAAGGGCAAGAAGAUUAACGAGGAGGAGAUCCCACCGCCAGUGGCUCUUGGGAAGACUGUGAGUUCACAGCAAUCCUCUUCUCCCGGGACCACACCAUCGCUCCAGCCCUCUACCCCUGAUGGAAGCUCCAGUCUCCUCAGCCAUUCUUCUUUGCAGCCGCCUGCCACCACCCCUCCACAGCUGCCCCAGGCAACAUCCCCCAAGACACUGCCUCCUGUCCUGCCAAAGCCUAAGGUUUUGCCAGUCCCUGCCUUACCUAUCAGAUCCCCAGAGACCCCGGAGGAAAAGCCUGUUCCUUUGGCCCCAUCUCCCCAGGCAGGGUCUGUGAGUUCUGGUCCCCAGGCACUCGUCCAGGCCAGGCAGCGGGAGUACAAGCUGGCAGCACUGCAUGCCAAGCAACAAGGCAGCAUUGAGGAGGCCACACAGUACUACCGCAUUGCCAAGAGCCUCGACUCCAUGUUGGAAACUCUGGGUAAGGGCCAGGCAGUGGAUUUGGGCAGCUUGCCACCCCCUUGUGACCAGCUGCCCAAGAAGCUGUUGUCCCCGUGUGCGCAGCAGUCCCCAGCAGCAAUGCCGGCAGCUACACCCGAACCUAAGUUGGUCUCUCCUGCCUCAGCAGACAUCCCCCCACCACCCCGAGACCUGAUGGAGGCCCUGCAACAGAGGAUGGAGAGGUACAAAACAGCAGCAGUCCAGGCCAAGAGCAAAGGAGAUGACCGGAAGGCAAGAAUGCAUGAGCGCAUCGUGAAGCAAUACCAAGACGCCAUCCGGGCCCACAAGACAGGGAAAGCUGUGGAGGUUUCGGAGCUGCCUGUCCCACCAGGCUUUCCCCCCAUCCAGGGCAUGGAGGCUUCGUCAGGGAGCCAGAGCAUCGUGGGGGUCCUCCAGACAGCCAUGAAAUUAGCCAAUCAGGAGGACCGAGAGAAUGAUGAGGAGGAGGAUGAGAUUCAGGAGACAAAGCCCCACCCUGCACUGACAAAGCCAGCUGCUGUGUCUCAGCCCAAGCUGCCAUCUCAGCCUGCUGCCCCAAUAUCCUCGGCUGGACCUGCAGCACUGCACCCAGCAGGGACAGCAAAGUCAACCCCCAAGGCCAACACCAGAGCCCAGCAGCAGCUGGUAUUCCUAGAGGGCCGGAAGAAGCAGCUGACGCAGGCAGCACUACAGGCCAAACAGAAGAAUGACAUUGAGGGGGCCAAGCUCUUCCUACGCCAGGCCAAGGGCCUUGACCCAAUGAUUGAGGCAGCACACAAUGGCCUGCCCGUGGACAUCACUAAGGUGAGGAGGGGAGCUGCCUUCCAUGCCACCUCUCUCCACUCCCUCCUAAUGUGCUGCACAGCAUUGCUGUGUGCCGUUCAAACAGUUGACAGGUCCUGCCCCAGAAGUGGCUGAGAUUUUAGCAUUGAGUGACAGGCAUAGCUUUUAUCAGCAGUUUAAGUAAGUUGAGAAUUAGGUGACGUGGACAUGGGUGGAAUUAGGAUUUUGAAAUGGGGGGUGCAGGUGAUGUAGCCCAUCGUCACAUAGAACACAGGAUACAUUUUUUCCCAUGAAAGAAACUAGAAGCUUUACUAAUAGGCUA